UUGAUGGUUAUGACAGUGGUAUGAAUGAUGAGGAUAUCGGUGAUGAUGAUGGCCAUGAUGAUGAUGAUGAUGAUGAUGAUGAUGGUGAUGAUGUAUUGGUGUAUUAGUACCACUGAUAGAACUUGGUUUUCUCAUAUUAUAUGUCUGUUAAAGAUAAAGAAUUGUAAAGUAAAAAAGAGAGAAAGAAGAAAUCAUUUUCAUUUUUGCAGGAACCAACAAAAAAAUUCCUACUUCUCCCCUAUUUCAUAAUAUGAAAACUUAUUGGUUUUCCCACUUUACAUUUACAAUAUUGCAUGCAUAAAAUAUACUGCCCCUUUCCAGUGUUUCUUUUCUAGAUAUACAAACAGACAAUUCUAUUACUUUUGGCUGUACACCCCUAUUCAGCUAUUUCAUUUUAUCAGAUUUGAUUGUGCAUAUGAUUUUAAGAAUGAAACAUUUGCGUUCUUUAG